AUGGACCCUGAAUUGAACCACCCUCUCGAUCCGACCAAAUCGGUCGACCAAAGCGUCCUCGAUGCCCGCGAUCUCGCUGGCAUGGGCCAUGACCAGGCCCUGUCUCGGAAAUUCGAUAUCUGGAGUAUGCUGGCACUGGCAUUCUGUGUUCUCGGAACAUGGUCUACGUUUGCCCAGGACCUCGAUAGCGGCCUGACCAACGGUGGUCCAGUCAGCAUUCUCUGGGGCCUGUGUCUAGUGACCUUUUGCAACAUAUGUGUAGCCGUGUCUCUGGGCGAGCUGUGCAGCAGCAUGCCCACAGCUCUAGGCCAGGCCUACUGGGUGUAUCGCCUCUGGGACACGCCCACUGGUCGUUUUGCGUCCUACAUGUGUGCAUGGAUCAAUACCUUUGGCUGGUGGACGUUGACCGCCUCACAGAUAGCCUUUAUGACCAACUUUAUGUUGGGCAUGAAGCUGAUGUUCGACAACAGCUGGCAGGGAGCUAGCCUGGGCUGGGUCCAGUUUCUUGUCUAUCUGGGGAUUACAGUACUCAUCACCAUAGUCAAUCUAAUUUCGUGCCGCAAGGAAAAGGUUCUACCAUAUUUCAACAACUUCGUUGGAGUCUGGUUUGCCGGCCUGUUUGUCGUCUUCUCCCUAGCCCUCCUGAUCGCGGUGGGCACCAAGCCCAACCUCUCCUACCAGCCGGCAUCCUUUGUCUUUGGCUCAUGGAUCAACCAGACGGGCUGGAGUGAUGGCGUCACUUGGUUCAUCGGUCUAGUGCAGGCUGCUUACGGCUUGACGGCUUUUGAUUCAGUCAUACACAUGGUCGAAGAGAUCCCCGCACCACGCCGCAACGCCCCCAAAGUGAUCUAUCUUGCUGUUUCAUUCGGUGCCCUCUCCGGGUUCAUAUUCAUGCUUGUCUGUCUGUUCUGUAUUCAAGAUGUCAACGCAAUCAUCAACUCUGUCACCGGACUGCCAUUCAUCGACCUCGUGCAGGACGCAAUCGGCACCAACGGCGGCGUUGCUCUGAUCGCCCUCUUUGAAUUCAACGGCCUCGGCCAAGCAGUCAGCAUCAUGACCACCUCGUCCCGUCUUACAUGGGGCUUUGCUCGCGACGGCGGCCUGCCAUUUAGCAAGUAUUUCAGUCAUGUUGACCAGACGUGGAAAGUGCCCGCGCGCGCUCUCUGGCUCCAGGGCUUCCUCAUCGGCAUCAUCGGAGUGUUGUACUUGUUCGCCAACACUGUCCUCUCCGCCAUCCUCAGCGUCAGCACCAUCGCGCUGACCAUCUCCUACGGCAUGCCGAUCCUCGCACUGCUAAUUGUCGGCCGCGACAAACUCCCUCCCGGCGGCGAAUUCCGCCUGGGCCGUAUCGGCCCUCUUGUGAACUGGAUCAGCGUGAUUUACUGCUCCAUCACGACUGUGUUUUUCUUCUUCCCGGGCUCGCCGAACCCGGCGCCGGGAGAUAUGAACUACGCUAUUGCCGUGUUUGGCGUCAUGCUGGUCAUCGCCGUCGGCUUUUGGUUUAUCAAGGGCCACAAGGAAUAUCUGAUGACCGAGGAGUCGGCGCGACGAAUUAUGGAGGCCCAGCGUUUGGAAGUCGAUGCUGAGCCGGAGGACGAGUCGUCCCAUGUUGGCGUUGUGCAGCGUGUUGGUGAUGAUGGGAAGAAGACUUGA